CAUAGAGUCGGGCACAGACCUCUCGAACUUCUUGGACUUUCUGGAAUUCAACAACUGUCGAUCAUCACCAUUACCCUUGUCUGGAAGCUAGCAAGCUAGUGAUCACACCCCGAAACCAACUACCGAGACUCUCCCACCAUGAAGCACGGUAUCAAGAUGAGAAAGCUCAGCCGGACGUCGUCCCAUCGACAGGCUCUCCUCAGAAAUCUGGUAUCAGCUCUGCUGCACCACGAGCAGAUCCAGACUACCUUGCCUAAGGCAAAAGAAGCUGCUAGGUUGGCAGAAAAGAUCAUCACGCUAGGAAAGAAGGGUACCGAGCCGGCUUGGAGAUCAGCGCAGGCCAUGCUAUUCCCCGCACACCACUACGCAACCCCCGUCGCUUCUACCUCUUCCUCUAUCCUCAACGCUUCGGUAUCAUCAUCGGACCCCGAAGCUUUUACACCACCUACGACUCUCCUCCCUAAACUCUUCGAGACCCUUUCCACUCGAUACGCCGACCGACCGGGGGGUUACACACGGAUAACCAAAUUCGGCCGUCGACCGGGUGAUAACGCACCGAAAGCGCUCGUCAGCCUGGUGGACGGUCGACGGGACGUAGUCGAAGAAAUGUGCGCUAGGGCCGUCGGGAGGGAGGUCGGGCUCGUCAAGACGGGUGCCCAGGUUCAGAAGACGGUCCAGCGGGUCGUCCUCGGAGGUGGAGGUGUAGGCGAGGUUGGAUUGUUGAGGGGGAUCACGCGGAAAUCGCUGGGUCAGGUGUUGAAGUACAGAGACGAGGAGAGUAAAGAGGCGUUUGUCCGAAAAGCGGUCGAGCAUGCGUACAAAUUGGCUGUAGCCCCGAAUGCUUUGAAGGAGCUGGCGAGCCAGGAACCUGCACGAGCGGCCUUCCGACCAUCAUCAAUCAACAAGACCACCUCUAUCCCGCAUGCCGGACGAGCUGGUGACAAGCCCGUGUUGAACAUGCAAGUGACGGGUCUCGGGCUCGCAAGAGGGCUGUUAGGUCGGGGAGGCAGGCGAAAGGAGAAGAAGGAGAGCAAAGGAUUGUUGCCUUUGUAGAUGAGGAUGCGAAUAGCGUAGCUACAUAUGAUCUUACAGCCGUCAUAUGACAUAUUACAGUCAUGUCCCGCUCGAUAUUCUCCUCACGCAUGGAGGAGGUCGUCCGCAUCAUCUUCCAUCCAGCAUGCCAGCAUUGCGAGACUGGAACGUCAGGGUCGAUGUAGCGGCAAUGAUGGAUGUCGAGAGCAUGUCGGAUGUACAGAGGCAUGUAUUAGCAGUGGGCACCCGUACGACCCUUCAAAGGCCUCCUUUGGUUCUUGACGAUUUGAC